CAUCUUUGCGCACAUCAAUUGAUGCCCCUUUACAUCCGACGACCACUGCAAUCCCCGACAAGUUCAAACCGUUUGAACACUUUUGCGCUGCUUCAGCCCAGUCGCAUUUAUUUGUCUUGCUUCGCAUCAUCUUCACGUCGAGUCCCAGGCCCGUCACGACAGGAUCGAGCUCUCUUGCCUUCGCACCGCUUCAUCACACCCAUCCGGACCUUUGCGAGUUACUCUAGGAGACAACACCAGGCGAAAAUGUCAGACGCAAACGUUGAAGCCGCGAAACGCGCAGCCGCUCGACAGGCCGUGAAAGACCACUUCGAUCCCAAUGCUGCCAACGUAGGGAUUGGUUCAGGAACAACUAUAGUCUACGUGGUCGAAGCCAUCAAAGAAGCAUCCACAAACCCCGCCAUCCGUUUUAUACCCACCGGCUAUCAAUCACGACAGGUCAUCGUGAAAGCCGGUUUGACCCCAAUUGCGUUUGACAGCUUGGCCGAGGAUACAAUGCUGGAUGUUGCUUUCGAUGGUGCCGACGAAGUGGACGUUGAAUUGAACUGCAUAAAGGGUGGGGGUGCAUGUCUGUUUCAGGAAAAGUUAGUAGCUCAACGGGCGAGAAAGUUUGUUUGUGUGGCAGACUACCGCAAAAAGCAGGAUCGUCUCUUGACAAAUUGGCCCACAAUACCAAUCGAAGUCGCACCUCUCUCCGUACCCGCCGUUCUCCGCGCCCUGAAGACUCUCGGUGCCACCGAACCCAAAUUGCGCACCACCCUUCUUGAAAAGUCUGGUCCAUUAAAGACGGACCAGGACUUUUACAUUGUCGAUGCGCCCUUCAAGACCCUCCUGGUUAUGGAAGACGUCAAAACCGGCAAGGGCAAUGGUGACGGCAGUGAUGGUACAUGGGAAGUGAAUCGGCUCAGUGAGGCCAUCAAGAGUCUUACGGGUGUGCUGGAAGUCGGCAUUUUCUCCGGUCUGAAUGGUCCCGACGCCGAGGCCCUCAGGGCAACGGACAGCAGGAAGACUGUCACAAGUGGGCAGAAGCCAGUCGCUGUAUACUUCGGUAUGGCCGACGGGACAGUGGAGCUCAGGACUGCUCAGCAAUAG